AGACCGGCCGUGUGUUCAAACGAAGAAGCGGAGCUGCACCGCCAGCUAAGCUAGUUCAGUCAGAAAUCUUUCUUUUAACAUGGCAGCGCAUCUGAAAAAACGUGUUUAUGAGGAAUUUUCCAAAGUUGUUCAAAUUCCGCAUGAAGAAACUCUUUCCAAGAAGCUGCGUCUUUCCAAACCCAGUAAGUCUGCGGCGCUGCACAUUGACCUCUGUAAGGCUACCAACUCCACAGAUGCCCUCCAGUACCUGCUCCAGUUCGCACGCAAGCCCGUGGAGGCAGAAAGCGUGGAGGGUGUGGUCAGAAUUCUGCUUGAGCACUACUACAAGGAGAACGAUAACUCAGUGAGGCUGAAGAUUGCCUCUCUGCUGGGUCUGCUGUCCAAAACGCCAGGCUUCAGUCCCGACUGCAUUGUAGAUGACGCCAUCAGCACACUCAGCAGCGAGAAGUCUCACCAGGUCCUCGCCCAGCUGCUGGACACUCUGCUGCUCAUUGGGACCGAGCUGCCUGAUGGCCUCGCAGUCAGACAGCAGCUCAUAGACGUGGCCUGCAAGCACUUGUCUGAUUCAUAUUUUGGGGUGAGGAACAAAUGUCUGCAGCUCUUGGGGUGUCUCGGCACAGUGGACGCUCCUUUGACCAAAGACGAUGGAGCAGGGAUGUCGAUAGGAGCAGUGAGGGACGUCCAGAACAUCAUUAGUGACUACUUUGGAGACCAGGACCCUCGAGUCAGGACCGCAGCCCUAAAAGCCAUGCUGCAGCUGCAUGAAAGAGGAAUGAAGGUUCAUCAGAUCAUUUACGAGCAGGCCUGCCGAUUACUUUCUGACGACUACGAGCAGGUUCGCUCUGCUGCUGUGCAGAUGGUGUGGGUGCUGAGUCAGCUGUACCCAGAAAGCAUUGUUCCUAUCCCCUCAUCCAGUGAGGAGAUCCGACUGGUUGAUGAUGCGUUUGGCAAGAUCAGUCACAUGAUCAGUGAUGGCUCCUGGAUGGUCCGGGUGCAGGCUGCCAAAACCCUGGGUUCAAUGCUGCAGGUCAGCCCUCACUUUCUUGAGCAGACGUUGGACAAGAAGCUGAUGUCAGAUCUCAGGAGAAAGCGUACUGCACACGAACGGGCCAAGGAGCUCUUCACUUCUGGAGAGUUCUCCUCUGGCAGGAAGUGGGCUGACGACGCCCCCAAGGAGAAACUGGACACCAACACUGUCAACCUCAUUGCCUCGGGGGCCUGUGGGGCCUUUGUUCACGGCCUUGAGGACGAGAUGUAUGAGGUCCGUAUUGCAGCAGUGGAGGCGUUAUGCCAGCUGGCUCGCUCAUCUCCCAGCUUUGCCGAAAAGUGUCUGGACUUCCUGGUUGAUAUGUUCAACGAUGAGAUUGAAGAAGUUCGACUGCAGUCGAUCCACGUGUUGCGGGAGAUCUCCACUCAUAUAACGCUCCGUGAGGAUCAGCUGGACACGGUGCUGGCCGUGCUGGAGGACCUGUCUCGUGACAUCCGGGAAGCUCUCCAUGAAUUACUGUGCUACACCAACGUCUCCACGAAGGAGUGCAUCCAGCUGGCUCUGCUGGAGCUGCUGAAGAACCUCAACAAGUACCCCACCGACCGCAACUCCGUCUGGAAGUGUCUGAAGUAUCUGGGGAGCCGCCACCCAACACUUGUGCUGCCUCUGGUCCCUGAGCUGCUCAGCACUCACCCGUAUUUCGACACGCCGGAGCCAGACAUGGACGAUCCAGCUUAUAUUGCAGUACUCGUGUUGGUGUUCAAUGCCGCUAAGUCGUGUCCUACGAUGCCAGCAUUGUUCUCCGACCACACGUUCAGACAUUACGCCUACCUCAGAGACAGCUUGUCACACCUCGUACCGCCACUCAGGUUACCAGGUCGAAAACAGAUUUACGGCCUGGACUCGGUGGACUCGGGUGGCGGUUCUGGUUCUGUGGAAUCAGCUCAGCUCUUCUUGCAGCAGAGUCUUAAUAGAGUUAGCACCAUCCAGAACCUGGAAGCGCCUGGAGCCCAGGACCUGCUGGACUUCACCAUACGUGACCUGCAACGACUCGGGGAGCUGCAGACCGAACUGGCAGGAGCUGCUGAUUUCUGUGCUACAUACCUGCGCUGCCAGCUGCUGCUCAUGAAGGCUCUGCAGGAGAAGCUUUGGAACAUGGCCGUUCCUCUCUGCCUCAAACAGAACGUCAUGGCAACGGCAGCAGCUCAGCAGAUUUUGGAGGAAACGUACAAGCUGGAGUUCCUGUACAGUGGUUUGGAGAGCAGGCAGGUGGCCACCAUACAUCAUGUCCGUCUGCAGGCCAAAGCUCUGCAGCUGGUCCUGAUGGCCCGCACCAGGCGAGGGUUGGAUCCUCUCAUCAGCAGCAGUGAGAAGUUUUUGCAGGAAGUGGAAUCUUUUCAGAGGAUGUUUCUGACUGAACUGCCCCACCUCCAGGACAGUUUUGUGGAUAAGGUUCUGGAGCUGAUGCCCCGGCUGUCCUCCUGUAAACCAGUAGAUCUGGUAAAGAUCCUCCAGACUACAUUGAGGCAGAGUGGCCUGCUGCAACUGCGCCUGCCUGAACAGAUCCAUCGAGCUACAGCCACCAUCAUAGAGCCCACAGGAGAGUCUGACAACCCGCUGAGGUUCACCUCUGGCCUGGUGGUGGCGCUAGACAUUGAUGCAACGCUGGAGCAUGUGCACAAUCCCCAGAACUCUGUGAAAGUGCAGGUACGGUAUCCAGAUGGCCAGAGUCAUGUAAUCCAUCCUAAACCUGGAGACUUCAGGAAGCCUGGGCCGGACCGACACAGACUUAUCACGCAGGUCUACCUGUCACACAGUGCGUGGACAGAGCCGUCUCAGGUGGAAGUGCGCCUUCUGCUGGCCUAUAGCUCCGCCUCCUCCUCUUCUUCAAAACUGGUUUUUAGUGACAGUAUUGACAGCCUCCCACCACCAGAGGCUGCCGUAGAGGGAACCAUUCCAUUUAGCAAGUCGGUAAAAGUGUACAUCAUGCCCAAACCUGCCCGCCGGUAACAAAACCUUUCCACCCGUCAUCGCUCAAGUUAACGUCACCCAUCUUUAACGUUUUAUGUUCUUACAAUGAGGUCACUCUUUUUAAUCGACACUGGCUUUGCUUUUUUUUUUUUUUUUUUGAGAUGAGACAUUUCCUUUUUCAGUGACAAAUGUUGCAUGGUGAAGAAUCUUCUCUGUGAAUGCCAGCAUGUGUCGCUCUGGAAUAAUUAGAGAAAACGUUUGACGUGAAACCCAAAAGUGUGUCCAAGCUUUUUUUUUUCUUCUUUUUUUAAUGGCAGAAAACAUUUUGUCAAACAUAGUGUUUUUACUUCUUGUGUAUUAUAUACAUGCAUACGUUUUCUGUUCUUAUUUCUGACUAAUCAUUUUUUGUUAAAUUAAAUCAUUCUAAAGGU